GGGGGAGAGAGAGCGGGAGAGAACGCGGGCGAUUCUCCCUCCCUUUAUUUGUAUAUGCAACGGGCAAGUGAACCUUCUUCUUCUCCUCUUGCUCCUCUUUGCCAUCUUCUUCUUCCUUUUUCUCGCCUUCCCAUUGCAUGUUGUAUAACACCUAGCGCCACCUUUGAAGUCCUCUCGUGGGUUUGGAUGAUAGGAAGUAUGCGUUGAAUAGGAGAAACAGAAAGGAAGUAAGGACAUAGAAACAGGGAGAGGAAAAUGGAGACGGAAUUGGAGCCCACGGUGAAGCCAUUAGCGUACAAAAUAAAGAGCGUAUCGCGGGAAUCGCCUGCGCAGAAGGCCGCCCAUGUUCUUGAUACCGACCUCCGCAGCCAUUGGUCGAGCGGCACCAACACCAAAGAGUGGAUUCUUUUCGAGUUGGAGGAGCCUUGCUUGUUGUCACAUAUACGGAUCCAUAAUAAAUCUGUGCUAGAAUGGGAGAUUGCAGUUGGGCUUCGCUACAAGCCAGAGGCAUUCAUGAAAGUUCGACCACGUUGUGAAGCCCCUCGUCGUGAUAUGGUGUACCCCAUGAAUUAUGUGCCAUGCCGAUACCUGCGAAUCUCGUGUUUGCGUGGCAAUCCGAUAGCCAUAUUUUUCAUCCAGCUGAUUGGGAUACCUGUAGCUGGAUUGGAGUCAGAGUUUCAGCCUGUUGUUGACCAUCUGUUGCCAAACAUUAUUUCAUAUAAACAAGAUGCCAACAAUAUUUAUCUUCAGUUGCUUAAAGACAUCACCAGACGCUUGCUUCCAUUUCUUCCACAGCUUGAGGGAGAACUUUCUACUUUUUUGGAAGCAGCAGAAACUAAUAUACGAUUUCUUGCCAUGCUUGCUGGGCCAUUUUAUCCCAUUCUUUUUAUUGCAAAUGAAAGAGAAAUUGGGAAGACUUCUGGUGAUAUCUUCGAUUCUGAUGGUUCAAGAAACAAUCAGAUUUCCACUCUCACCGUAUCAUCAAAUUUUGAGGUUCAACCAAGGAGGGUACGCAGUCCGUCAUCUUUUCCCCAGCCUGCUGCUUGUUCCAUUGCAUUUCGUCCCAGUUCUGUGCUAAUGCUGCUUAGAAAAGCUUAUAAAGAUACAUGUCUUGGGACAAUUGCACGCUUGGCAGCAAGAGUCCUUCAGAAGCUUAUGGUCCCUGAUUCAUCCCUGGAGGCAGUGAGCUCUUCAACUGAAGCAUCGGCUGUCCUCCCUGAUGAAGUGGCAAAGAUGGAGUCACAUGCCCUAGAAUGCUUCAGCGACUAUUCAUGCUUGUUUGGUGAAGAAUUCAAAAUUAAUGGCGAGUUGUCCAAUAUCUAUAGUUUGAGCUUCUUGGAUUCUGCAUUGGUGGAAGAAGGAAUUCUACAUAUUCUUUAUGCUUGUGCUGCAGAGCCUCUUCUUUGCUCCAAGCUGCAUGACUGUGGACCAGAAUUUUGGUUUGUGCUACCGCUUAUCCAGGCACUUCUGCCAGCACUCCGACCCUCUCUUGGCAGUCCCAUGGAUCAGGUUGAUGAGAGCUUUACACACUGGAAACAACCUAUGGUUCAACAAGCUCUAGCACAGAUUGUUACUCUUUCAUCAUCAUCUAUAUAUCACCCUCUCCUUGAUGGAUGUGCUAGCUAUUUGUCAUCAAAUUCGCCAUCACAUGUCAAAGCAGCAUGUGUGCUAAUUGAUCUAUGCUCAGGGCCCCUUGCACCAUGGAUACCAAGAGUAGUUGCUAAAGUAGAUCUCACAAUGGAACUUCUUGAGGAUCUUCUUCCCAUUAUCCAGGGUGGUCAUUAUCCCAUUGAACGUGCGAGUGCUGCAUUGAAAUAUAUAAUGUUGGCUUUGUCGGGGAGUAUGGAUGACAUACUAGCCAAGUAUAAGGAAGUUAAGCAUAAAUUACUGUUUCUAGUGGAGAUGCUUGGUCCUUAUCUCAAUCCUGCUAUAGUUACGGUAAGUGAUACAACUUUUUUCGGAGAUGUUUCAAUGCUACCCAUAGAGAAGCAGGAGCAAAAUUGUGCUAUGGCAUUGAAUAUUAUUCGUACAGCAGUCUCAAGGUCUGCUGUUCUUCCAUCAUUGGAGUCAGAAUGGAAGCGUGGAUCUGUAGCCCCAAGUGUACUUCUUGCAGUCUUGGGUCCAGAUAUGCAGCUACCUUAUGACAUUGAUAUUUGUAAGAGCUCAGUUGGUAAAGGUUUUGCAGAAGAAUACUCAGCUAAAUCACAGGAUACCUCUAUCCAGCAUGAUGGAACCUAUCACAAAUCCCAUGCCUUAGAUGAUUUUGGGAAGAAAGCUGAAGCAUCUGACAUAAGUGUGAGAAAAGAUUUCAGUGAAGAUGCUAACUUGUUAUUUGCUCCAUCAGAACUAAAAAAGAUAAAUUUGAGAAAUUAUAUCCACCCAUCUGAAGAUAAUAUGCAGGAGAAACAGUGUAAUGCUGAGAUUGGCUUGAGAUCAGAAGAAAAGUUCAAUAACAAUUUAGUUCUUGACCUGGGGUUUGAUGAUGAGUGUUUCCAACUAGAAGCAAACUACAUUCAACUAGUUAAUCAUCAGGUCUGUGAGCUCAGGGCUUCCGAAUUUCGACGUUUAGCACUGGAGUUGCAUUCUCAGGAUAACAUCACAGCAGAAUCUCAUGAUGCAGCUGUAGAUUCUCUUCUUUUGUCUGCUGAGUGCCAUGUCAACCCGUUUUUCUUAAGGGCUGUUAGACCAUGUCUGAAGCUUAUGAAUGGGAAUAGUGUCAAAACAAGGUCAUCUCGUACUCAAGAUGAGAACACUCAUACAACGAGAAAAUUUAUUCAGAAGGGUUAUUGUGACCUGGAAACUGUGGCAACUCUUGAAAGGAAGCGUGAUAAAACAGUUCUUCAGAUACUUCUCGAAGCAGCUGAAAUGGACUGCCAAUUUUACUGCAGCAUUUCUAAUGAUGAGCAAGUUCUGUAUGAUAAUACAGACUUUAAAGAGAGCAUUCAAAUAUCUCCUUUGGAUCUUAAUGCUGCUGAUGCAGUUACUCUUGUUCGACAAAAUCAAGGAUUGCUGUCCCAAUUCCUUGUAAAUCGUCUAAAAAAGGAUCAACAUUCAAUGCAUGAAAUUCUCAUGCAAAGCCUGUUGUUUCUGCUACAUUCCGCAACAGGACUUUGUUGCCCUCCUGAGUGCAUUAUUGACAUUAUAUUGGAAUCUGCUGAGCAUCUUAACAGAUUGCUUACGUCAUUUUAUUUCAGCUUCAAAGAUGGCAAAACAGACCCUGAAAAGGUACAUGAAGCAAGAAGGCGCUGGGUGCUGCUUCAGCGAUUAGUGAUUGCUUCUAGUGGCAGUGAUAAUGGUGCACUUUUUGUGAUUGAUGGUAAAGGUGGAUCUCGACAUAGAUGCCUAGUUCCGCCAUCUUCAUGGAUAGAGCGAAUUCCAAGUUUCUCUUCAUGUCCAUUACCACUUGUACGAUUCAUUGGGUGGAUGGGUGUAUCACGUUAUGCAAAACAGUGUGUAAAAGAUGGAAUGCUCUUUGGACUGGAUUUGCCACAAAUAACAACCUUACUCUCCAUUUUUGCGGAUGAACUUGCUUCUCUGAAUAAUGUCUCUGACCAAAAGAGUGAGCCUGUCAUCUAUGAGUCGUUUGGAUCCCAGAAACAACCUUCUGAAAAUGAAGGAUUUAAUAAUCCUUCUAAGCGAUCACAUGCUGAAGGGUUCCUUCGUGUGCUUUAUCCUGAAUUUUAUAAGUAUUUUCCAAACAUGAAAAUGCAGUUUGAAACUUUUUCUGAGGACAUAAUGGAGGCUGUUUGCUUGCAACUGAGGUCUUUCUCCUCCAGCUUCAUUCCUGAUGUUUUAGGUUGGUUUUCUGACCUUUGUCUCUGGCAAAGAGAACAACCAUAUGACAAUCAAAUUGAUCAUGUGAAAGGAUAUGCUGCAAAAAAUGUGAAAGCUGUAACCCUUUACUUGCUUGAAGCUAUUGUGUCUGAGCACAUGGGGGCUAUGGUACCUGAAAUUCCAAGGGUUGUUCAAAUUUUGGUUUCUAUGUGCAGGACAUCUUAUUGUGAUGUGGACUUUCUGGAGUCAAUUUUACGUAUACUGAAACCACUGAUCUCAUAUGGUCUACCAAGGGUAUCUAAAGACGAAAUAAAUGCAACAGAUGACUCAUCUUGUUUGGAUUUUGAGUCAUUAUGCUUUGACACACUACUCAGUAUUUUUAAGUGUGGAACAAAAUGCCAGACAAGUGCAGGUAAUAAGCUUUAUCGGGGGGCUCUCAUGAUAUUCCUUUUCGGUGCCUUAUUUACUGAUAUGUCAGUACUGAAGAGACAGGAAGUGUUGCAAUCCUUGAUCUCAUGGGCAGAGUUUACCAAUUUUGAACCCACAUCUGCCUUCUAUGACUAUCUUCGUGCAUUUGAGAAUGUAAUGGAAAGCUGUACCUCGAUAUUGAUUGACACCUUAGGUGCAUUUGGUAUUUUUAUUGCAGCUAAGAAGUCUUCUUUGUCCGACAAAUCUGCUGCAUCAUGCUUAAGUGUUAGUUCUGUUCAUGGUGAACCAUAUGAUGACACCGAAGAUGCUCCUACUUACAGCCUUCAAGUUGAAACUGGGUCACUGAAGCACAACUCUUAUGAUUUCAAAUACUUCUCAUCAUCUGCUGAAGUUGUUGGUUUUUGCAAAGAUUUGGAGAGUUUGAUUUUUAAGUUAUUCCCAGCCAUUGAACUCUGCUGGCAGCUUCAUCAUCAACUAGCAAAGCGGCUUUGUUUAGCAACUGCAAACUGUUAUCUAUAUUCAACUUGCUUGCUAUCUAUCUGUCAGUCAACUAAUAGAGAGGUUGAUAGCAUAAACCAUAUACCUUUUCAGGUUUCCAUGGAUGAAAGUUCUAUGCAUUGGAAAAAUGCUCUUGAAUCUUUUGCGAAUGGUGCUUUGGUGCUUGAGCAAAACCUUUGCUGGCACGGUGCAUCUGUGAUGCUUGACUUUCUUCUUGGAUUGCCUUGUAAUUUUAAAUUAGACCAUGUUCUCUCUUCAAUAUGCUUGGCCAUAAAAAAUUUCUGCUGCCAUUCACCUAAGAUUACUUGGCGACUACAGACAGACAAAUGGCUAUCAAGUGUACUGUGCAGGUUUCUUACUGAAGAUGGAGCUUCUUCUUUAGUUGAUUUGCUGUGUGUGAUGCUUGAACAUUCUGAACCUGAGCAACAAUUUGUCGCGCUUAAGCAUUUGCAAGGACUUCUUGCACAGGGGAGUUGUGGUGGAGUUGGCGUGUCAGCAUAUGAAGGAGCUAAACCUUCUGAUAUAGAUGCUACCGUUCCCGAAUCUUUCAUUAGAAUUAUUGUUUCUAAAACCUGGGAUAGAGUGGCAGUUUUAGCUUCAUCAGAUCCAUCAAUGUUGUUGAGAUCUCAUGCUGUAGCACUCUUGUCAACUUAUGUUCCAUUUACUGGACGUGGACAACUACAGUCUUUUCUUGGGGCUGCUGAUACUGUUCUUCCUGGGCUGAGCAGGCUUGCUUACUCACUGGGUGAAGGUCCACUAAGGACACUUUCAUUGACGCUUCUUGCUACAGCAUGCCUCUAUUCUCCAAUGGAGGAUAUUCUGUUGUUACCUCAGAAUGUAUGGAAGAACUUGGAAGUCUUGGGAACAUCAAAACUUGAUGGACGUAUUGGUGAUAUGGAGAAAAUGGUUUGCCAAGCUUUGUGUAAACUUAGAAGUGAAGGACAACAAGGGAAAGAGGUGCUGCAAGAGGUGCUAGCCACAAAAUGUGUGAAGCAACCUGUUGAUCCAGACUUUGAGGGUACCCGCGAGUCAAUUAUUCAGGUUCUUGCUUCUCUGACUUCUGCUCAGUCCUACUUUGAUUUCUUCUCAAGUGUAAUCAGUUCAAAGAAUGUGGAGCUUGAAGAAGUUGAAAUGGAAUUGGAACUACUGAAAAAAGAUAUUGCUCUGAAGGAAGCUUCUGAAAAUCUAAGAGAAACUAAUGAAUUACCUGUCUCAGCAACUAUGUAUGUUACAGGCCAGAGCAGACGUUUGGAGCAACUUAAGGCUGAGAUCCAGAAACUGGAGAAGGAAAAGCUCAGAGAAGAGGUUGCAGCUCGGAGGCAAAAGAAGCUCAUAGCACGACAUGCACGUCAUCAAUUUCUGGAAGAUGCUGCACUGCGGGAGUUGGAACUUCUACAGGAGCUUGAUAGGGAGAGGACUAAGGAGGCUGAGCAUGAGAUAGAGAGACAGCGGUUGUUAGAGCAAGAACGUGCAAAGACUAGGGAAUUGAGGCACAAUCUUGAGAUGGAAAUGGAGAGGAGAACUCAGGCAAAACUUCAAAGGGAGUUGGAACAAAGAGAUUCUGGCCCACGUUCUCGCAGGGAGUUCUCAUCAUCAGCAGCCAAUAGCAGUCGGCCAAGGGAGAGGUAUCGUGAACGAGAUAGUGGACGCCCUGCUCAAGAAGGUAGCUUGAGGCCAAGCAGCGCAGGCAGUGGCGGCCGUGAGGGUGCCAUAACCCCACCUCCAGCAGGUGGGACGAAUGCCACUUCAGCGACUCCACUGGUGCUUGGCAGUUCCAGGACAUAUGCUGUUCAACCACCACUGAUACUCAAGUCACGAGAACGCACUGAAGAACGCACUUAUGAUGAUAACAUUGAUGGAAGCAGAGACUCUGGUGAUGCUGGGAGUAUUGGAGACCCAGACUCUUCAUCCGUGGAUGGAACAAGCGUUGGGUAUGGAGCAUCACAUAGGCAUGGUUCCCGCAGUGGAAAGCCUAGGCAAAUUGUGGAACGUAGAGAGCGUGAUGGAAGGCGUGAAGGCAAAUGGGAAAGAAAGCACUCAUGAGUCAUGACAUUGUUUUGGUUGGCUGGCGACCUAUGUAGAGAUUUGACAGCCAGUUUCUCUGUCCCAAGGAAGCGAUUGCAAGAGAAAGGUGGCAGUAAACCUGCUUCCAAAUCUACAGGUGUCAUGGAGGUGGUGACAGCAGUGUUUACAAAGAUCUGCCUUCUGUUAUGUGCAUGCAGGACUUGGCGUCCAGGGUUCUCUCGAAUGGUAGUUCUGGGUUGCACUCUGCCAUACAAUUGUGAUCCUUGAGGUCCCUUCUGCACUUUGAAUUUCUUCCAUAGUUCGCAUGAAGCUGGCUGGAUAUGGCAUCUUUAUCUGCAAGCUUGGAUGCAGGUUCAAGCUAAGCGUGGUUUAUCUGCAGGAGAGGUCCAUCAAGAAAUUAAUGAAGCAAACCGACAGACCUUCGAUUCUCCGGACUCUUCGAAACCUAUGGUGGUUGGGGCAGUGAUUUCCCGAUGUUUGGCAAGUUUGCCCACUUGGCUUCUUGUAAAUUACUAGUUUGUGCUUCAUUUGAUGAUUCCGGUCGUGCAUUUAGUCUUUCCAUGCCUUUUCUGUAAUAUAUAUUUUUUUUAAGGAUCAAUUUGAUUAGUAUCUGUGUAGAGUUGGUGGUUUCACCCUUUGGUUGAUCAGGAGUUAGCAACCAAACCUCCCCAUUCCCUUUGCUUGGCUGCUGAAGAAGACCCAAAGUCUGCAUUUCCUCUUCUUCCGGGGCCCUGGGCUAGGUUGGGUAAUGUGUGGUUUUACUGUUGAAGCAAAUUUAGCAAAAUGGAUUUUGUUCUGAAAUGGUUAAUUUUUUCGUGCAA